AUGUCAAAUCAUCCUACACGGUUCAUUCACAUUAAUAGUCAACCAUUUUGGGCUUAUCUUGGUUUUUUCUUUGCUUGUCAGGUUGCAAAGCGCUUAGAGAAGUUCCAAAAAUCCAGGGAAACAAUUAACAACCUGAAAGAUGGAAUCAUAAACCUUGGACGAGGCUUUCCGAACUUUGAUGGUCCAGAGUUUAUAAAGGAAGCAGCAAUUCAAGCAAUAAGGGAUGGGAAAAAUCAGUAUGCACGAGGUUCUGGAGUUCCAGAGUUGAACAUUGCUAUUGCUGAUAGAUUUAGGAAAGAUACUGGAUUACCGAUAGACCCUGAUAAUGAAGUUACUGUCACAAAUGGGUGCUUGGAAGCAUUUGCAGCAACUGUGCUAGGAUUAAUAAAUCCCGGCGAUGAGGUUAUUCUCUUUUCUCCUUUAUAUGAUUCUUAUGAAGGUAAUUUAGCCAUGGCUGGUGCAAAAAUAGUAAGCAUCCCUCUGCAAGCUCCAAAUUUUGCUAUCCCCAUUCAAAAACUGAAGUCCAUUGUGUCAAGGAGUACACGUGCCAUUGUUAUAAAUACUCCUCACAACCCUACCGGAAAGAUGUUCUCUCUGGGGGAGCUCAAUGCCAUUGCAUCCCUUUGCAUUGAGAACGAUGUUCUAGUUUUUGCUGAUGAAGUUUAUCAUAAGUUGGCAUUUGAUGUGGAGCACAUUUCUAUAGCUUCUUUGCCUGGAAUGUUUGAAAGGACCGUGACAAUGAACUCAUUGGCAAAGACAUUUAGCUUAACAGGAUGGAAGAUUGGUUGGGCCAUAGCACCCUCACACCUGACAUGGGGGCUGCGACUGGCGCAUUCUUUCAUCACUUUCUCAAACGCCACUCCUUUGCAGUGUGCAGCUGCAGUAGCUCUCAGGGCACCAGAGUCUUAUUAUGUGGAGCUGAAGAGGGAUUAUAGGGCAAAGAGGGAUAUUUUGGUUGAAGGAUUAAAGGCCGUUGGCUUUAAGGUAUUCCCACCCGAUGGAACAUUCUUUGUUUUGGCAGAUCAUACCCCUUUUGGAUUGGAAAAUGAUGUUGCAUUUUGUGAAUAUCUGCUUAAGGAGGUGGGGGUGCUGGCAAUUCCUUGCAGUGUGUUUUGCUUGAAUCCCGAAGAGGGAAAGAACCUAGUCAGAUUUGUUUUCUGCAAGGAUGAUGAAACUCUUAGGGUCGCGGUUGAGAGGAUGAAGGAGAAGCUUAGGAAAUGAUCUCACCGCUUGAUCAAGUCCUAUGAUAUAUAUUGGAUGUUCUACAUUAUCUAGCCGUUAUCAGCUCUUGUUUGCAUGUUCUUCUUC